CUCCUUCUUCGUUUUUCUCUUUCCUUUCUCAGGUCUAUUUCACAGGUCAACUUCACUUUACUUCACUUAACUUCGAAGCCAACUGGACAUUGUUUUGCGUGCGCAUAGCCAUGGGUCCUGAAAAGAGCCUCGGCCCUUUGGGUCAGAUAACCCCGGCAUAUACUCUGGUGACCCUGGGCUUUCCCAUCGAGAACAAAUCACAGGAAGCGGCUGCAAUAUCCACCCUUGAGAAGGCAGCGGGGGAAAUAAUUCAAGCUUAUCCAUGGCUUGCUGGUCAAGUUGUCAAUGAAGGCUUUGGAGACGGCAGUUCAGGCACCUACAAGGUUGUCGGGUAUGAGCAGCAUGAAACAACCUCAAGGUUUGUGCAUGUCAAAGACUGUACCAACAAUUGCCCCUCCUAUGCAGACCUGGUUAAAGCUCGUGCUCCUUCAUCAAUGCUAGAUGGAAGCAUCCUCUCUCCGGCAUAUGGUUUUGUCAACAGCUAUCCCCGCUAUGUGGUCAAGCCCGUCUGCAUAAUGCAGGCAAACCUCGUCAAAGGCGGCCUACUUCUGACCAUUUGUACCUUCCACGGUGUGAUGGAUGCAAAUGGUAACGACCAAUUCAUUCGCCAGUUCGGUAGCCUUUGUCGUGGGGAGAAGCUUGCAGAGGAGUACGUCCGUUGGGGAAAUAUGGAUGCAGAUACUAUUAUCCCGCCGCUCAAAACUGGGGAAGAAGCUCUUCCUAUGGAGUGGAUCAGAUAUCCCUCUGCAUUAGGCGCAGAAGAACCAACAUGGCCCCCUCCGCCAUCAACGGGAACUUGGAGGACCUUCCGGUUCCCUUGUGCUAGCAUCUCUGCAUUGAAAGCCGAGGCAAUGAAGCUGUGCUCUCCGGACUCCGACGUCAAGUACGUAUCAAGCAAUGAUGCUAUUUCGACCUUCAUCUGGCUUCGAAUUGCGGCUGCUCGCUCGACACAUCUUCCAAAAGACAGCAAAACAAUGGUGCUGCGUGCUGUGAAUGGACGCCAGAAGCUCGAUACUCCCAUCCAUGAAGGGUACAUGGGCCACGCCGUUAUGUGCAGUCUUAUCCAAGUGUCCCUUGACGAGGCCCUAAACGGGAGUCUCUCCGCGAUGGCAAUCAAGCUCCGCCAGGGCUUGAGUCAAAUCGACGACCACGCUAUGCGCUCAUUCUUUCAUCUUCUACAGACUGAGAAGGACAAGACUACGAUCAACUACGGCGCGAGCAUGAAAACGGAGACGGAUAUUAUGCUUACGAGCUGGGUAUCCCAGAAACUGUAUGACACCAACUUUGGGGACGCUCUGGGGAAGCCCGAUUUCGUAAGGAGGCCGAAGUUGCCAGAUGCGCUAUCGCUGGCCUAUAUGAUGCCAUUGACCAGAGAUGGUGACGUUGAUUUGAUUAUUUCAUUAUCAGAUCAAGAUCACGAGGCCCUGGGGAAAGAUGCACAGUGGGAGGAGUUUGUCGAGUAUUUGGGGUGAAGUAUACCAUGAAAAGUCUAUACGGACGGCAAACCCAGGAGACUGAUACGUACCUUUCGGCAGAAAACCCCUUUCAAACCCAAAAGACCCAUUCCAUACAGAUAAUUGGGGUGGUAGGGCGAGAUUUGUCUUAAAAUAAAUCGUCGGGGCGUUCUACCGCCUUUUCCGACCAGAUAGACGUCGCAAUACUUGCAUCUAGAACGGCGAAAUAAUUUAAAACCAA